CGACUUUUAGGAAAAAAACCGAUAUUUUUCAAAGACGAAAGUAAGCGGAAAUGGUAACGGAGACGGAGCUAGUGGACCGACUGAGGGAGUUUCUUAGCACGUCGGACCUAAACACGACGACGACCGCAAUUGUUCGCCGGAAACUCGAAGAAGAUUUCGGAAUCGAUUUGUCGGAUAGAAAAGCCUUUAUUAGAGAACAAGUUGAUAUUUACCUUCAAACUCAGUUUCAAGAACAAGCUGAGGAAUAUAAAGAGGAGAAUGGAGAUGCCCAGGCCCAGGUUCCCGCCGUGAUCGACGCUGAAGAAGAAGAAGAAGAAGAAGAAGACGAGGAGGAGGAAUCAGAGGAACCCAGUAAUGGAAAGCCAACUUCUAAGAAAGGGUUAAAAAAGAAGAAUAAAGAGGUUAAGAGAAGAGGUGGUGGAUUUACCAAGCUCUGUAGCCUUUCUCCUCAACUUCAAAAGUUCACUGGCGUACCUGAAUUAGCUAGAACUGAGGUUGUGAAGCAACUUUGGAGCUAUAUUCGGGAAAAUAAUUUACAAGACCCAAGCAAUAGGCGGAACAUAUUAUGUGAUGGUACCCUGAGGGACCUUUUUGGUGUGGAUAGUAUAAACAUGUUCCAAAUGAACAAGGCCUUAGCACAGCAUAUCUGGCCUUUAGAAACCAAUGCUUCAGUCUCAUCUACGCCAAAAGAGAAGCAGCGGAAACAAGAGAGAGCGGAAGAAAUGGAUGAGCCAAAGAGAAAGGAAAAGAGGCACAAGGGUGGGACUUCAGGUUUUCUUGCUCCCCUUCCCCUUUCUGAUGCUCUCGUCAAGUUUCUUGGGACGGGAGAAAGUGCCUUACCACGAUCUGAUGUUGUGAAAAGAAUCUGGGAUUACAUUAAGCAAAAUAACCUGCAGGAUCCAUCUGAUAGGAGGAGGAUACUAUGCGAUGAAAAGCUCAAAGAACUCUUUGAUGUGGACAAUUUUCAAGGAUUCACGGUUCCUAAACUUCUGACUGGUCAUUUCAUAAAGCCGGAACAGUGAGUUGCCUUUCCGUUAUUUCUUGGAAGCCCAACACCGCUGGGAGUUCAAGUGAUUUACUAACAGGGAGUAGAUGCAAGUGAAUGCGAACUUUUCUUUUCCCCCCCAUCUUCCUUGACUAAUGUAGCGUUUUGUCGGCACUCAGCUCAAGAAUGAGCGCCGAUUAGGAGAAAAAGCGACCUGUUGUUCAAUGUUAUUGCAAAUCGUAAGAGUCACCCAACUCCCACAUAGUCCUGUUUUUCACCUUCCUCUUUAUGUUCCCCUUAACUCCUCCUCCCUGAGUUAGCCUGCUGUUUCUGCUGGAGAAUUCAUUUUUGUUAGUGGAAUCUGAUUUUCCGAGUUGAUAUACUGAAAACGUGGAAUGCACUGUAAAUUGAAAAA